AUGGCGAUGCAACUAGCCACGAAAGGAGCUAUCAGAGCCUGUGUUUCCUCAUUUUCUUCAGGUUUCUUCACCCGACACUCUCAUGCGUUAGCUGGUGAUGCACAAAAGAUUGUUGGAGUUUUCUACAAGGCCAACGAGUACGCUUCCAAGAACCCUAACUUUCUUGGUUGCGUCGAAAAUUCCUUAGGAAUCCGUGAAUGGCUAGAAUCACAAGGGCAUCAGUACAUCGUCACUGAUGACAAAGAAGGCCCAAACUCUGAACUUGAGAAACAUAUUCCGGAUCUCCACGUUUUAAUAUCCACUCCUUUCCACCCGGCAUACAUGACUGCUGAAAGAAUCAAGAAAGCGAAGAACCUGAAGCUUCUCCUCACGGCUGGUAUUGGCUCGGAUCACAUCGAUCUGCAAGCAGCUGCAGCUGCUGGUUUGACAGUGGCUGAAGUCACUGGAAGCAAUGUGGUCUCAGUAGCAGAAGAUGAGCUCAUGAGAAUCCUAAUCCUCAUGCGCAACUUCGUACCAGGGCACCAACAAGUCAUCAACGGUGAGUGGAAUGUUGCAGGUAUUGCGUACAGAGCUUAUGAUCUAGAAGGGAAGACAAUAGGAACUAUGGGAGCUGGAAGAAUCGGAAGGCUUCUACUACAACGGUUGAAACCAUUUGGAUGUAACUUAUUGUACCAUGACAGGCUUCAGAUGGAACCGGAGCUGGAGAAAGAGAUUGGAGCUAAGCACAUGGAAAAUCUAAAUGAAAUGCUUACUAAAUGUGAUGUCGUAGUCAUCAACACUCCUCUUACAGAGAAGACAAGAGGCAUGUUCAAUAAGGAGAUGAUAGCAAAAAUGAAGAGAGGCGUUUUGAUAGUAAACAACGCAAGAGCAGCCAUCAUGGAGAGGCAAGCAGUCGUGGAGGCAAUGGAAAGUGGACAUAUUGGAGGGUACAGUGGAGACGUGUGGGACCCACAGCCUGCGCAUAAGGACCAUCCAUGGCGUUACAUGCCUAACCAAGCUAUGACUCCUCACAUCUCCGGCACCACUAUCGAUGCCCAGAUACGAUAUGCAGCAGGGACAAAAGACAUGCUGGACAAAUACUUUAAGGGGGUAGACUUCCCUGUCGAGAAUUACAUCGUCAAGGACGGUGAACUUGCUUCUCAGUAUAAAUAA